CGUUCCGUACACCGGUGUCUCCCUGGUUGCGCAAGACGCCAUUUUGGAGCGGCAGUGAGAGAUAACGGAAAGAUCGAGAAGCCGUCUUAAAAGAGCUUCACCAUGGGGAAUGUCUUCGCAAACCUAUUCAAAGGCCUGUUCGGCAAAAAAGAGAUGAGGAUUCUCAUGGUCGGGCUGGACGCCGCUGGAAAAACAACCAUCCUAUAUAAACUGAAGCUCGGAGAGAUAGUCACCACCAUUCCCACCAUCGGUUUUAACGUUGAAACUGUAGAAUACAAGAACAUCAGCUUCACAGUGUGGGACGUGGGCGGUCAGGACAAAAUCAGGCCGCUGUGGCGCCACUACUUCCAGAACACUCAAGGGCUCAUCUUCGUGGUGGACAGUAACGACAGAGAGCGAGUGAACGAGGCGAGGGAGGAGCUGGCCAGAAUGCUCUCAGAGGACGAGCUCAGAGACGCCGUGCUGCUCGUUUUUGCAAAUAAACAGGAUCUCCCGAACGCCAUGAACGCCGCAGAGAUCACAGACAAGCUGGGGCUGCACGCCCUGCGCCAGCGCAGCUGGUACAUCCAGGCCACCUGCGCCACCAGCGGGGACGGCUUGUACGAAGGCCUCGACUGGCUCUCCAACCAGCUCAAGAACCAGAAAUGAUCCAUUCCACCACUUUUCUUUAUUUUUUUGUUUUGUUUGUUGGUUUGUUUUUGUUUUCUUUUUUUUUUCUUUCUGUUUCAACACAGCAGCAGCAGCACCGGACCCAGCAGGCCCCUGCGCUCCAUCUCACCCCUUCCUUCAUUCCUCCUGCCCCCCUCCCCCUCCUCAGUACUCUUGGGGGCUCUCGCCUGUGCUGCUUGUGUGUGUGUGUGACUGACUGACUGUGUGUGUGUGUGAGUGUGUGUGGGUGUGAAGGCGUCUGUGUGUGCUGGCUGGGAUUGGGAGUGACCCUGGCGUGCCUUUUACACACCUCCUGUGGAAUCAGCAGUCUGGUUUUCAAGCCCCAACCUCAGCCCCCCCACUCCCACCCCCACACUCUGUCCUGCACGCCCCCCCCCCCCACCCCCCGCCCCCCUUAACCCUUAACCCCCACCCCACCCCAGAGGAAGCAUGGUUUUCAUACGGCGAAGAAAGAGCCAGGGUGCCCCCCCACUCCCCCCACCCCUCCUGUAGUACACAGUAACUAGGAACAGACCCCCGACCCCCCCCCCCCCCACCUGCUGUAGAAUAGACGCUCGUUUUAACCUCCGUUUUUCAUCUCCAAACCUCAAACCCACCAGUAAGAGAUUCAGUAAAUUGCAUCUUAACCUGUAUCAGGUCGAAGCAACGCAAAAAAAAAAAAAGAUAGAAGAAGAAAAGAACAAAAAGAGAAACCAGGAGAAAUAAAAUCCCCAGAAGAAAAUUC